GACGAACUGCCGGACGGUCCCUUACAGGAGGUCUCAGCAGGUCUCAUCGGCACUGCGGUAGUUCUGAUCUGACGGUCUGAUCGCCUGAGCUCCCAGCUGAAAAGGACAUCUCACACAUGUGGGAUGUGAUUGUGUGGGACUUUUUAUACUCAAAGACAGAUAAGAGGGGGGCAGAUGGAGCAGGGAGCAGGAGGCCUCCACAGCCCCUCUGGGUCACAGGCGAGAAAGGAGGAUGUUCCAACCAAAAGAUCCUGCAAAGGAAAUAAGGACCGAGGACGAGCAGGUCUCAGCAGGAAAGCUCAAGACAGAGAGAGAAGGAAAAAGAGAAAUAAAAGAAGAAAAAACAGCAGCUUAAAUGUAAAAGGAGACGAUAAAAGUGAAGAAUCCAAGACAGAAGUUGUGGAGACUACAGGCACCCAAACUCAGGAGAGUGUGCCUGUAGAAACACGACCUGACACACAUCCAGAAGUGGAAGACAAGUUGCAAACUGUGCAAAAAAGUGGAGACCUGCGACACAAAGAUGCUAAAGUGGUGCAAGCUGGGACUCAAACAUUAAAAUGUAAAAGCAGAAACAAAUUCACACAAACUCCGGUUGUUCGUCAGAGCAACCAGGAAACACAGACGGACUUCCCUGUGCCAACACAAGACGGCACCAAUGCUGCUGAGUCAGGGCUAAAACAAGGUGAGCACACACCUCACGACAACACUGUUCAGACUCGAUCGAGGCCAAAUGAAAAGCCAGACAGUCACCAAGCAUCACCAGCCAAAGAGCAAAACCCUGAGAAAGACGCAAAGUCUGAGGAGGGGAAUCCGCCUGCAGGACCGGCUGACCUAACCGAGUCCCAAGCUGAAAAAGGUGCCAAACCAAAGUCUUACGCCAAAGCUGUGUCUGAAGGGGGCAGCAGUGAGCAACAGGCCACUAAGGAAGCCAAAGCAGCAGAUAAAAGCCUGAAACCGUCCCAAAGCACGCGCGAUCGGAGCCCCAUCAGACCUCCACCUGCUGCUCCCAUGUUCACCUUUCACAUCUAUGCUGUGUUGGACAGAAAGUUCAGAUUCAACGAAGUGCAUGACACACUUGUGUUGUUCUGUGGAAAUCAGUGUUUUCCCCUGAAAGUGACGUAUUUUGUUGGUCAAAAACAAGGUGGAUAUCUGGUAGAAGCCAACCUUCCCAUUGCAGAAAGCCAUCUGGAGGGAGGCGUCUUGUUGUUUUAUCAGUACGGUGUAAAGCAACGACAGAAGCAGAUCAUAGAAGUUGCCAGAAGGUGUGUCCGAAUUCCCCUGGACUCAAACAUUAAAGAGCUGCACCUUUACGAAGGCUUCAUCGCUCGUCAGGAGAGUCAGGGCUUUUUCCAAAGUGGCCUUCACUUGAUUGGCUGGAGCAGAUCAAAAGGUGUAGAGCUAUCAGAAGCCUGGCAGGCCUCAGCGAGACUGCUGCUGAGCAGAAUCUUCCAGAAAUGGUCGCCAUCAGACAAACAGAGCACGCAGAGCUUGCGUGACAACUUGAAGCAUUUCGUGACGAGUGUCGGCCCAGCACAUGCAAGGGUGAUAUUCCCAGACGACUCAAGACCUCCCGUGGUCACGACAUCAGAGCUCAUUUCAGAGAAUUUAGUUUGCAUCUUAAAAGGAGAGCCAAAGGAGAAAUUCCCCGGCAGUUUGAGGAGCACCAGUCCUCUUCUUCUGGGCCUGUCUGUUUUCGUGGUGACCAGAUGGUAUAACAUCAACCUCGGAGUGAAAAGCUGGGCUGAGCUGUGUCUCCUGGUGUCCUCAGAGACUGCAAUGGACAAGAAGAACCUGGACGGGUUGCACAGUGUUUUCGAGCAUUCGCAGCAUGUCGUGCUGGCUCUGAUAAACCUCUGUGUGCGGCAGAAGGUGUCGGAGCUCGUCCUGCUCCUUCCUCUUCUCUUCAGACUCAGACAACCAGGAGCUCACGCCACCAAAGUGGGUCCAGCUGUGGAGGAGGAGAACUGGUCCGGACUUGAAAAUGUCCAUUUCUGCAGCUUCAGGGAGAAUAUUCAGCACCACCCUGACAAAAGGAAGAUAAUGUUGACUUUGAUCGAGAGUCGCUUGUCCAUGGCUGAAGAGAAGCCACUGCUCUUGAUGAGCUGGUUGUCUCUGGUUGCAUUUGAGGAUCUUCCUGAAUUUUCAGGCCUGACAGGAAUACCUGCAGAACACCUGAUCCAGAGUCUGUUAUACAGACUGCAAAGAUGUGGAGAGGAACGGGACAACAACAGAGCACAGGAGAACGUGAAGCAUACCCAGAAAACCUUGACCCAUAUACUGCUGAAGGUCGCCAAAGACAGGGACAGAAUGAUUGGAUCUGGAAACACCAAGUCAGCCCUCAUGAGCAGCAUCAGUGUGGCGAGGAAGACGUGUGCGAUUGUGCGACUCGUCCCAGACUACCAGGCCGCAGUCCUGUCCUACCAGCUGGUGGUGACCAUGACAGAGAUUUUGCUUGCUAAACUGAAGGAAGAGUCUUCAGGAGACGAGUAUGAGACCUUGAAGAAAAACGUCUUGGAUGAGUUUCAGGACGUGCAGCAGCGAAUCAGUGAGUGGAGAGAUAAACUGCUGCACAAACCCAUUGUGACAGCAUCAAAAUCACUCACCUACCCAAAGGAAAUUGAGCUGUGGGAUGCCCUGCUGAAGGUGGAGUGCUCGCUUGAAGAAGUUUCAUCCUGCUGGAGGAUGAGCCUGAGAAAAGACCUGAUGAAGAGGAUUUCCCAGGCAAGUGAGGAGGACAGAAUUGCGGUCUGCUGCCUUGAGACAUCAUUGGCAGCUAUAAGGAGGAGCCAUGAUGUGGUGCAGACCUGUUUUGAUGAGCUGUGUCAGGCUGCUGUCAAGACAAUCUGCCAGAGAGGGCUGGAGGGAGACCUGAUGCGGAGUCUCAGCUCGAGGGUGAAGGACCUCCCUGAUGUUGUCACGUCUGCUGUUGUGGUCGCGUCAGCUGCGCGAUUCAGAGACGACCCUGUAGCCCAGCUGCUCGACCCACAGUCUGCCAUGAACCACCUCCUGUCUCAAGGUGACUGGAAGUCGAUCCAUGUGGACGACACAGCAGGACACAUUGUCCACAGCUCUCUGACUGCGCUGCACUCGCUGGUGGAGUCUCUGCUUCUGGGACACAUCCCCCUGGGACACCUACAGACCUGCAUGAAACAUAAAGAACAGUUUAAGAGACUUUACCAGCAGUACAAGAAAAACACCAAAUCUGAGGUAGUUUCUGUUGAUGCAGAGGUUGUUUUGGCCCAGAGAGAGAAGGAUUUGAACUCUUUCAUACUGCGGAAACAGCACAUGGACACACUGAUAAAGAUGAUAGCAAAGGUUACAGAAAGCAUCACGGUUCCUGAGAUGGCGACUCUCGAGGUGCAACACAGUGCAGACCUGACAAAUGUGAACCUCAACAAACUGGUCCUGAUCCAGUCCUUUGAUUCUGAGGGGAAUCUGGGGAAAAGGGGCCCUCCCCAGAUCUUCUGGUGUAACACCAGUGUGAACGUCUUGAAAAUGGCCAGUGAGAUGCACCACCUGCAUCACAGUAACCUGGUUCUGUCCUUCUGGGUGAAGGGAGCUGCAUCUUUGGCAUCAACAAGGCAAACCUGCUCAGCUCCUGUUUCAGUCACUCUAACACAGGUCUGCGAAAACAUCUGGGAGCCACUGCUGGCUGAGUUCCUCCAGCUCGGUGUUGGCAUCGCAAAAGCAGACAUCACUUUUGAGCAGCUCGAUCAGGUGUUGAUGACAUCUGGCGACCAGGGAGAUGGCAAAGUGAUGCAGAAGGAGCUGACUCUGAUGUCAGAGGCUCUUGCUAAGUUAGGAGGGUCCAAACAUGGGGAGACCUGGGUGGACCUGAGACUUGAACAAGUCCAGGAGUACAGACAGCUCCAUGAGGCAGCGGCUGCAGCCAGUGCCAUGCUGAGGAUCUCUGAAAAACUGAAGCUUUCUGGGAAAUUCACAGAAAUCGAAACUCUCAGCCAGCUGGAUGAAGACGCCUUUAAGAAGAGGGCCUUGGGGUCCCUCAGUAAUGAGCUUUUACAUGCCAAACAGCAGCUCGCCACAGUCACCAAGCAGCACACUGCCUGUCUGGAAGACUUUCUAGAAAGCCAAACUCUGGUCUCCUGGGUCAAAGAGAACCUUAAAAACAUGAGCGAUGUGAAGGUCUAUGUUGAACUGGCUUCCAUAUCAGCUGGAGAGAAUGACACAGAGAUCGACCAGGUGGCCUGUUUCCAUGAUGCAGUGAUGGGCUACGCCCCUCUGCUCUACUCCCUGUCCCCUCAAGCUGGUUUUAAGGAGUUCAUGAAAUGUGCCCAGCAGGUGUGGGACACCCAAGACAGAGACAAGAAGCUGCCAGCUAAACUGAGAGAGUCGACUCGAUUGCUGAGCUGGCUGAAAGCACUGAAGGAGACUCAUGGCUCUGUGGAGCAAUCCUCUCUCUCCCUGGCUUCUUCUAUUAAUGCUCACGGAGUUUAUCACAUAGGAUGGUCUGAUGACAAGACAGACAAGAGAUGUCUACAGAACAUGGUACAUGUCACGGUGAAAAGGAGCAGAGAGGAGAAGAGCUACAAGCUUGAAGACCUUCUGGAGCUACAGAACAAACUCAUGCUCAUGUCCUCCAAAGGGGAGCAUGGCAGAGAGCAAGUCAACAGGUUCACAGAGGUGUUCGAAGGAGUUCAGAGACUUGCCACUAUCCUUCUUCAGAUGGUAACCUCUGGCAACAUGCUCUUCAGGGAAUGGCAUGCUGAGAUCCAAUGCUGCCCACAACAGCAACCGUGCAUCAAAGUUACCUUCUUAUCCCUGAUGAACAAAGAGAUGGUGUACCAUGGUGAGGUGAUUAAACUGCUGCAAAAGCUGGCUCAGUCUAUGGAUACCUGCAAAAAUGAAUGGUAUUCCCUCAUCAGUGGGAUGCGCGCUAACUUCAGCCUGCUGAACCACUACACCUCAGAGCAGAUGGUAUACCUGUGUCACUGGAUUCACAAAGUGUGUCAGCGACAGGCAUCAGUUCCUCCACAGAUGUGGCAUUUACUUUUUCCCAUAAAGCCUCAGUGCACUCUAACUGAUGUCAGAGAUGCUUACGCUAAGGCAGCAAGAAUGACCUCAAUGCACGACUUGGACGAUGCUGAGUCUGGCAAUGAAGAUUGUGAAUCACCAGAUUCAUCAGGACACACUGAGGUGGACAUGGAAGAAGUUCAUGAUUUGAUGCAGUUUUCUUCAGAGGAUGAAGAUGAUGAGGUCAUGAAAUGUGAUUUUGUGGGCAUCAGGAAGCACGAUGAGGACAAUCUUGAAAACCUCUGGCGUAAAUUCAAGGAGGACAUGCCCCAGUACCUCAGUGAGUCCUUGGACAUUUCGUCUUUGGCACACUUCCUUUCAUGUCUCUCUGAAAUGAACCAGCAACACGUAAUAAGGAACCUUCCACCGCUUUUCCAGGAGGGAAAGCCCAAUCUUGUUCUUUGUCACAAUGAAGAAGUUUUUACCACCAUCCUGUCACUUUACAUGCAGAGUCCAGAGCAGCCUCUGCCAUCUACUGAUGAGGUUCUAGUCUGCAGAGAGGAAACCACAGAAGAGGAGGUGGAGAUCUUUCUCCGCCGAGCUCUUGGCCAAGGCUCUGGAAGAAACUGGCAGAAGAUUUACUCUCUUGUCAAUCCAGGACUGCUGGGGUAUGAUGUUAGUGUGGCCUUGGAGGAGCUCUUUAAAGAUCUUGAGAGAAGUGCUAACCCGCAUUAUCGUUUCAUAAUAGUCAGUCCAGUUGUGCAUCAGCACAGAUAUGUGCCGUCUUUCUUCAGCAACAACAAAGUACAGGCUGGCGUUAGGCUAACAGAAAAGACUGCCAAGAAAUAUCUACAUCACCACUUCACACAGAACAUGCUGUCACAAAACCCUGCCACACUGGUUUCUCCAGAUCGCCUCUCAGUCUGGAUGGUGUCAUCUGUACGCCCUGCAGUUGGAAAAUCCCUUUAUGUGGAUCGAUUGUUCGAGAAGUUCCAGCAGAAAUCUCCCAGAGCAGAACACAUUAGGAUCAGACUGAUUGAGCCAUGUACUGAUAUAGACUCUUUGAUAAAGGGUUUGUCAGAGAAACUGGCUCCCUUGCGAGAGCAGGACCCUGUUCUUCUACACAUUGACACUGCUGGAGUUCGUUCAGGUCUGGAGGAGCUCCUGUUCCAUCUGUUAAUCCUGGGCUGUCUGAGUGACAGUCAUGGCAUGCUGUGGAGAAGGAAUGUAGCUCAACUGAUCACUGUUGAGGUCCUAAGAACAUACACAUCUCCUCAAAACCAGCCAAAGCAGGUGAGACUUGGUCUUCUUGAUAUCCUACCUACCAUCCAUUGCAGACCUCCAAAAGACGUGAAGCAGAUGUUGGCCGGGAGAGGGGUGUUGACAAAAUUUGAUCCUCUCAUGGACGAACAGGAGUUUUGCAGUGAGGGGAUUCAAAGGCCAUAUCAGUACUUGAAGCUCUACAGCAUGAAUCAGAAUUUGGAUCAUUUUAAGUACCAGGAAGGAUCCAGAAUGGGGGAUCCCAGUGAUUGUAUCUAUCACUUUCUGUCAUACUGUGGAAUGCAAGAUCCAUCUUGGGCAGAGUUGAAGAAUUUCUCCUGGUUCCUUAAUGUGCAGCUGAGAGACUGUGAGAACUCAAUUUUCUGUGAUCCAGAUUUCCUGGCUGACCACCUGCCUGGUUUCAAGGGUUUCAUUGUGAAGUUCAUGAUUCUAAUGGCAAGAGAUUUUGCCUCACCAUCUCUGAACACAUCUGAUGAAAGUCCCAUGCGACACACUGACAGCAGUCAAGAGGAUGAUCUUCUAGCCCGUCUAACUAUUCGGAAGCAUUGGGAAAAUGAGUCCCAUCCAUACAUUUUCUUUAAUGCAGACCGAUCCUCGAUGUCUUUCCUUGGCUUCAAUGUGAAGAUGUGUAAGAGGCAAAACACGCUCAAUGCAGUUGAUCCUCAGAGCCUCAAGGUCCUGAUAGAAGAUGUGAUGUCAGAAAAACUUUUUCAAGGUCUGGAACGGCAACAGAUCUCACUCACUGAAGACUUUGACAUGUUGCCCCGGCCAGACAAAAUCAAAAGGAUUUCAUGCAUUGUUGGUGCAAAGAAAGGAAUGAGGGACAGAGAAUUUGAUCCAGACCCGACAUAUGAGCUCACUGCUGACAAUGUGACGAAGAUGUUGGCCAUACACAUGAGAUUCCGGUGUGGAAUUCCAGUUGUCAUCAUGGGAGAGACUGGCUGUGGAAAAACCAGACUGGUCCGUUUCCUUUGUACUCUGCAGAGGGAGGAAAAUCCAGCAGAGAACAUGGUACUUGUCAAGGUACAUGGUGGAACUACAGCAGAGAUGAUCUACAGAAAGGUGAGGGAGGCAGAGAUACUUGCUGAGAAGAACCAAAGGAUGCACAAACUGGACACUAUUUUGUUCUUUGAUGAAGCCAACACCACAGAGGCCAUUUUUGCCAUCAAGGAAAUCCUGUGUGACCAGUCAGUGAAAGGUAAACCUCUGAAGGCAGGCAGUGGCUUGAAAAUAAUAGCUGCUUGCAAUCCUUACAGGAAGCACUCACCUGAAAUGGUGGAGCGUUUGGAACGUGCGGGUUUAGGAUACAGGGUGAAGGCAGAUCAAACACAAGACCGCCUUGGCAAAGUCCCUCUGAGGCAGCUGGUGUACAGAGUCCAUCCUCUACCUCCAAGCAUGGCUUCUUUGGUGUGGGAUUUUGGUCAAUUGAGUGAUUCAACUGAGCUUUCUUACAUCAAACAAAUUGUCCAGAAGAAAGUUCAGGACCAUCAUUUGCCAGUGGACUGCAAGAGCAUAAUUUCACAGGUGUUGGGAGCCUCCCAAAAAUACAUGCGCAGUCGGAAAAAUGAGUGCAGUUUUGUGAGUCUCAGAGAUGUGGAGAGGUCUAUGAAAGUGCUAGUUUGGUUUUACCAGCAUAGCGAGGUUCUUUUCAACAACUGCUCUCAGCUCACCGAUGUUCAUAAAACACUGAAGUGUCUGAUUCUUUCUGUUGGAGUCUGCUACUCUGCAUCUCUGGUGGACAAAGAAGAGUACCUCACUGUGAUUUGUAGGUACUUUCCAGGCUAUCUCAGCUCUUCAGCAGCAUUGCAAGAAGAGAUUUCAUCCUGUCAAGACUUCUUCCUUCAGAAUAUACACACAAGGGAGACAAUUGCCAAAAAUAUUGCGCUCAAAGAGAACGUGUUUCUCAUGGUGGUUUGCAUUGAGCUCAGGAUCCCACUCUUUCUGGUUGGCAAGCCAGGCAGCUCCAAGUCUCUUGCUAAAACAGUGGUUGCUGAUGCCAUGCAGGGCCAGAACUCCCACUGUGGACUAUUCAAGAGACUCAAGCAAGUUCAUAUGGUGUCCUUCCAGUGCAGUCCUCAUUCAAGUCCUGAAGGCAUUAUAGGGACAUUCAGGAACUGUGCCCGCUUCCAGAAGGAUAAAAACAUGGAUGAGUAUGUAUCAGUGGUGGUCCUUGAUGAAAUAGGUCUAGCAGAAGAUUCUCCUCAGAUGCCCCUGAAAACCCUACAUCCUCUCUUGGAGGAUGGUUGUAUUGACAAUGAUAAGCCAGAUCCACACAUGAAGGUUGGCUUUGUGGGCAUUUCCAACUGGGCUCUUGAUCCGGCAAAAAUGAACAGAGGAAUAUUUGUCUCAAGAUGGGAUCCAAGUGAAGAUGAACUUGUGGAAACUGCCAAGGGAAUUUGUUCAUCGUCCAACCAAAUUCUUCUGAAAAUCAAACACCUCUUCCCAUCUUUGGCAAAGGCCUUCUUGAGCAUCUGUAAAGAGACCUCAAAAAAUCAGUUCUUUGGUCUAAGGGAUUAUUAUAGCCUGGUCAAAAUGCUCUUUGCCACUGUCAAAUCCACACAACAAGAACCCAGUGGCAGACAGUUGGUAGAGGCUAUCUUGCGUAACUUCAGUGGACAGCCGGAGGGUUUUGACCCUGUCCUAUUUUUCCAAGAGGUUCUCCAAAACAUCAUGGAAAUUCCCAGACCAAGCACCUUGCAAAUGGUGAAAAAGAAUCUUGAUCAUGACAGCAGCCAGGAGAGUCGCUACCUCCUUUUGCUCACCACCAAUAAUGCAGCUCUCCAUAUUCUUCAGCAACAGAUUUUUGCCAAAGGAGACUCUCGACCACCUGAAAUCGUCUUUGGCUCUGGAUUCCCAAAAGACCAGGAAUAUGCCCAAAUCUGCCGUAAUGUUAACCGGGUAAAAACUUGCAUGGAAACCGGACGUACUGUCAUCCUCCUCAACAUGCAAAAUCUUUAUGAAAGCCUGUACGAUGCUUUGAACCAGUACUAUGUGUACCUCAGUAUGCAGCAGUAUGUCGAUCUUGGUCUCGGCUCCCACAGAGUCAAAUGUCGUGUCCAUACAAACUUCAGGCUGGUGGUAGUGGAAGACCAGAAGAAGGUCUAUGAGCACUUUCCUGUGCCACUCAUCAACAGACUUGAAAAACACAGAGUGGAUAGGGGUACUGAUCUGAAACCAUGGCAGCACAGGGUUCUUGACCAGCUGAAAGAGUGGAUCAAAGAAUUCUCAGGUGAGGCCUCAGAGGAUUUCAAGCUGUCGGAUGUUUUUAUUGGCUACCACGGUGAUGCCUGUGCCAGUGCUCUUUUGCAAGCACUAGAAAGGAGAGCACGAAAGGCUGGAGACAGUGCAGAAGAACAGAAUCAACAGACUGAAAGAAAUGACUCACUGGAAGAAGAUGAACCAAAUGAAACACAACAGAAAAAGAUAACUGAUAGAGAGUAUGAUCAGUUGGGUGACGCAGUGGACAUUGAGACUGCUGGAGAAGAGCAAGAAAUUCUGUCAGUCGAAAAGAGUGAUAAUGAGUCGACUGAGAUGUGUAAUGAUGAGAAGAAAAUAGUGUUGGAAAGGGUAGACAUGAUGGAGACAGAAAACCACGUUGAGUCUGCUGGAGAAAACGAGGAAGAAGAAGUCUUCAAUUUAGCUAAAGGUCUCUUGCUGAAUUGUGCCACCCCUGAUGCCGUGCUCAGGCUCAAGUAUUCACAUUUAGCAAACCAGGAAAAGGAGAAGCUCCAAAGAAUGUACUUCCAGCAACAGCAUCACCAUUCCCUACGAGAUUUCCUGGAAGAUUGCCUGAACAAACAUCACGGUUCCAGCACGUUUCUAGAAAUAACUACAUUCUCCAGCUUGUUAACCAGAUCAGAUGUCAGAGUUGUAGCCCAUGCCCUUGGACUCCAUAUGGACAGGAUCCUCCUGCUCUCGCUCCACCAGUUUGACACUGAAGUCUCCUUCUGCAACAAAAUACGGGGCUUCCUUCAAGAUGCUGGCCACUCUCUUCACAUCCUGUUAAUCCAGAUGGACCUUGAGGAAUCCCACUGCAGUGAUGAGCUUAUAGCAUCAGCAAAAUAUUGCACAAUGAAUUACUUGAUGUCACUGGAGGAUCCGAACUGUUGUGUAAUAUUCAUUGUGAAGGUUUCUAGGAUCCCAAGUCAAUCUCAGUACAUCGGUUUCCAAGGAGGAGUCUGGCACUCAGUGCAUAUUGAUGACCUGAGGGAUUCAGAGGACAUGAGUCUGAACCUGUUGGGUUUCUGUGGAACCCUCAUUAGCAGCCUUCUCAACCCUGCACUGUCAGAACACAAUGAAGAAGGCGAAACAGUGAGGGAGAGAAAAGACUUCCAGGCAGACAGAGCCCAGCUCCACACCCUGUCCUUAGUGAGAUCAUGCAUCCAAAAAGCUGUGGGUUUGCUCAGGGACACCAACGGCGUGAUGUCACGAAGCAUGCAGCGUAUACACAUCCUUCUGAGUCUUCUCCAAACUGGUCAAGGGCAUAUAGGAGCUCGCUUUCAAGAGGUGUUGUUAAGCAGACUGGCAGAGGCUUUGGCGCUGAAAGAAGAAAUGAUGGGCUCUCCUAAGGAGUGGGUGAGCAGAGAAGCCAAGAAACGCCAGGCUCUGCAGGAGGGGGGCACUCUGAGACGCACCCUAUGGCGCUGUCUUCAGUCCACUGUGACUCCAACCUUGGCCAACAUGUUGGAAGUUAUGGACAGGUAUGCAAAUCUGGACCUGCUGUCUGAUGGCAGGCUCAGCCAGGGUCUGGGAAAGCUGUGGUUGGACAUCCUGGAAGAUUCACAGAUUUUAAACCUAACACCUCUCCAAAGGCCAAGUGAGUCAGACCAGGAGGUGCUUGUGCAGCACUACUUCAUGUUGGAUGGUGAAGAGCAACCGUGUGUUGCUGCGUUCAGCUGGCUCAUCAGGAUGCACCUUGAAAGCCUAUGGGAAGAAUCAGAAUUUAUACCAGUAACAAGAGCAGAUGGCACAGAGAGGAUUCUCCAGUUUGUGAGCACUUUCAACAACAGCAGACUGGGAAGUCACUUGCAGACGCUUUCAGCCGAGGACAGGCUGGAGUAUGGCCACCACUUCCUACAAGACUUUCUGCUGCUUUCUUUGAAGAUCAAGUCAAAGGACGAGCUUAGGGUGUUUACCCGGGCCAUGCUGGGCUGUGUGUCUGAGCUCCAGACGUUAAUGGGUGCUGUCGCUGAGCUCUCUCCUGCUUGGGUCAUGGCUGCUGCAAAACAUUUUGCCCCCAGACUGGACACUCUGUGUCACAUAUUCCUGCUGCAGCCCCAGCUAGCCACUGAUGUCCUUCAGCAGGGGUCAAAGAGGGAGCACCAAGAAAUGGUGGAGGACAUUUUAGCUCUUGGUAUCUGCACCGAGCAGACCAAACUAUUGACUGUGACAUCCCUGCAAGAGUGCGAGUCCUUUGUGAGCAGAGUGCAGUUUCUCCAGCCAUGUCUGGACAGAGCGUUUGGUCAGAAGUACAGUGCCCUCUGUAGCCCCAGCUGUCUGCAACAUCUGGACUCCAUCAGGUCUUUGUGGCAUGGGAUGCUGAUUGUAGCAUCUUUCAUCCAGCACAUCGUUUUUAAAGUUAAACAGAAUGAUUCAAAAUUGAGCGAAGUGGCCCUCAGACACUGCAACCUCCACCUGAAUCUGAUGCAGGAGUCACCAGAUCUGAGGAGUGUGGACACACUGAAGCUGCUGAUCCGGAUCCUCAAUUCUCUUCACGAUGAGUGUAUCAGCAGGGAUCUGAGGUUUGGCAUUUCUUGCCCAAUCUGCCUUAUGGAGUUCAGAGAGCCGUCCAUCCUGCCCUGCCAUCACGUCUUCUGCUUGCCGUGUCUCCAGCUCUGCAUUCAGCCCCACAGACAUUCCUGCCCUAAAUGCAGGGCAGACCUGCCACCCGACUUCAAGCCGACUUUUUCUCACACAAUCAAGGCAGCACUUGAGCAGCAGGCAGCGAUCAGGGACUGCUGUAACUCCUUCUUCCUGGAGGUGGUGUCCAGGUUCUGUCUGUCAGAGGGGCAGAGACCCGGAGAUGAAGUGGUGGAGCUCCUAUUCUCCUUACUUGUCUCUGCUAAUGGAGAUGUAUACAGGACCAGAGAACUCACUCCCUUCAUGGAGUGUGUGGAUAACAGUCCAGUGGUGCGAUCGGUGCUGCCGAAACUGCUGCUGCAGCACAGUUUCGACCAGGUGAAGGCUCACAUUCAGUCCUACCUGAAGAAUGUGGAGGAGAAUCUUCUGAGCAGGGAAGAUCGGACUGAACUCUACCUGCUGUUUGUCAACUGCUUCCAGGACUCUCUGUUGUGCUCUAAAGCUAAACAGAGUACAGAACAGCAAGGACAAGCAGAGACCAGAUUCCUGAGCCGGAUUGCCAGGAAACAGACUCCAGACAGACAAGAGGACCCAGCAGAGUUCCUGCUCAACAUAGCCAGGCUGAGAAUAUGCCUGAGCAGCGCUGCACGGCUGCUGGAGAAAGCUGCAGCUCAAGGCAGACAGUCGGUGGACACUCAGUUCCUGAUGCAGGUGAGGGCGGUGUGUGAAUACUCCAGGAACGACUGGCACAGGGUUUACCUGCUUCGAGUCCUGCACAGACUCUCGGGGUUGGACUGCAUACUGUCCCUGAUGAACACCCCGGACUGGAGAUGGGUCUUCCCUCCAGACCUGCUUCGACUUCAGCGAAUGAUUCCAACUAACGUGGACCAGUUCCUCUGCUGUGGGACGCCUUACCGAGCCCUGAGAGACGCUGUGGCCCAGGUUCUGCUGGAAAACAGAUCGGACACCUUCGUGACAGAAAUCCAGAAGCUGCGAGGUUCUCAGAUCAGCCUCUUGGCCUUGGCUGUGUUCAGACAGGUCACCUGCCGCUACCGAUCGUCUGACUUCAGUAUUCAUCCCUCUCCACAGGAGACGGCGAGACUGGAGGAGCUUCUGAAGAACGUCAGGUCAGAGCAGUUGAGGGAUUUCUGCCGUGGACUCCUGUCGAAUCAGAUCGGCGGGGCGGAUUCAGGCCUGAACAUCAGCGGGGACCUUUUGGCUGACAAACAAACACUCCUGGAGCUGCUGGUCCAUCUGGACUCUGUGCUCCUCAGUGGAAACCCUCUGCUGGCUCCUCUCUACCAGAUAGCCUUCCAGCCUCAGAAUGUGACCGACUCCUUCCUGCCCACCAUGCCUGAUGAUCACACGACUGAAGCCAGUCAGUGGAUGCGUAGAGAGGGGAACGCACAGCUGUACUAUUGUGCCAACGGUCAUGCAUGCUUUGUGGGAAUGUGUGGUAAACCGAUGGUUAUAUCAAAGUGUGUAGACUGUGGACUUCCCAUUGGUGGACAAAAUCAUUCCCCAAUCCCUGGAUUUACUAAACACACAGGACAAAGCGUCAGAGAUCAAACUCGGACGGGACACGUAUUAGGGAAGGCUCAUCGGAGGUCUGAAGCCCCUGAGAGACAGAUGACUUACGCUCAGUCGUGCAUCCUGCGGUUGUUGACGCACCUCGCCAUGCUUCAGGGCGCCAUAACAAAUCAAAGAGGAGUUGGUGACAUGAUCCAGCCGAGGCCCUGUGAUGUUUUCAACUUCCUGUGGAGCCAUCUUGAAAAAGACUUGCGCGUAUUGGGGCAGACACUGGAUCAGAACAUGGACAACACGGCGGUUACACUUCAUUUGAUUCUCCAUACCUGCACAGGAUUCACUACAGGGUCCCGCGGCGCAGGACCGGAUCUGUCCUCCAGACGAGGACGGCAAGAGUGGGAGAAGCUCUUCUGUGACUCUGCCAUCAACCCAGUACUUCAAGAUUUGCAGAAGAAUUUGGCUGAAGCUCAGGACAAAAUCGGUGAGGACGAAGGACUUGCCGGAAGCCCCCUGAUGAAACUCCUGUUUGGGGAUCCUGCAGACAUGUUGUCCCUCCCCUCUGAGUGCCCAACACAUCGCUCCUCUUUCUGGACUCUACCCGAGACGAUGACAGUGGAGCGCUUCUCUCAGCUGGUGGGAGAACCACAGGGACGCAGCUCCUUACGUCUGCUCAUCACGUUCCUCCAGAAGAUUCACUGUGUGCGGCAGCUGCAUCACCUGCCUGAGCUGGCUGCUCUGCAGUCAGACCUGCUGAGGGUGUUUCCUCUGACAGCACACUCGUCACCGCAGAGCAUUGCUCAGCUGUUACAGCAGAUACCCACAGGAUACCAGAAGAAGAUGCUGCUUGAAAGAGUGGAAAGAUUCAUCAAGGUGUGGAACAGCCUCAGAGCAGAGGUGGCAAACAACUCAGCAGACUUGGGUGUGGAUGUGAACUUGUGUGAGAAGGAGGUGACGACUGAGAGCUCUGGGGAGUUUCUGACACUGAGUCGACAUGGUCCGGGAUCAUGUCUUCGGACUCUGGUCGACCUCCUGUUGAAGACUCACAACAGCCUGGUGAGAGAGGCAAGGAGAGUGAGCGGUGAAGACAGUGAAUACAGUGUUCCUUUAGAGAGGAUAUCAGAAACCCAGCUGACCCUGUGCCACCCAGAAAGGGAGCUGCUGCCUCUGGUUUUAGUCCACUGCCACUAUACCUUGAAGAAAGGAGGUGAGACAGACAGCAGCUACGAUCUGCCAGGCAUCCAAAACCAGCUGGCCCGUCGUUUCCUGGCUGGAAAACCACUCAUCCAGGCGGACACGUCGCGGUACCUGAUCCGACACCUGCAGGAUUUCUCUGUGAUUCUGGCUGAGGUCAGAGGCAAGAUUCCCCAGGCACCGCUGAAAGGUUCAGUGUGCAGCACCAUGAGAACUGUGCUGCGUUCAUACACUGAUGUCUGUGAUGCUGUGUUUGUGCUGGAGAUUGGCCUUCGCUUUCUUGGCAAGACCGGUGGGGAUCCUCAGGGUCAGCUUUUGUCCUACCUCACUGACUCACUGCAGAUGAACCAACAGAUUUCCAGCUCUGUAGCCAAGAGUCUUGGAGAGAUCAGACUGGAGCACAGCAUAUUCACCUGGCAGCUCCUGACGUGUUGGAAGUCUGAGCUUAUGCUGAGCAGAGAGCAAGAUCCGUUUCAGAGGCUUCCCUCAAAGUUCCAGCAGAAGCUGUCUGACGAGAAGAGGAAAGGGCUGAAGGGUUUCUUCGCUGUCACAGAUGUUGAUGCUUUUUCUUUGGAGCUGCAUGAAAUUCUGCUGCUGAAGACGAGUGAUGCAGUGCCUGGCGAGGCUUACCAGCCACAGUGGGACAUCAGGUACACCAUAGAGAGCCAUUUGGAGCAGAAGGACCUUCCACCUCUGCUGGGGCUGGAGUCUUUAUCAGAAGAUAUCACCCUCGGACAAGCGGCUGACGUGUGGAGGGCGGCUGUAGAGUUUAAGAGAAGAUAAAUUAUGUCUUCAGACAGCUAAGGGGACUUGCUGACUGACUGUACUUAAUGCAUUUCAUAUGUUCGAACAUGUUCAUUUAAAUAUGCCUUUCUGUGGUGUAAAUAUUGUCAAUGUUGAAAUUUUGAGAUGUCUGAAAGGUUCAAAUGAGAGAGAAAGUUGCUUAAAAUUGAAACAGGGCCAUUUAUAUUCCAUUAUAUCACGUUCAAUUUGUUAAUGACGUUCCAGGGAACAAUUAAUAAAUUAACUAUGAAUGAA